AUGUCUCACGAAGAAGAUCUCAUCGACUACUCCGACGAGGAGCUGCAGACCACCACAGCCCCCGCGGCCUCCGCUGCUCCUGCUGCGUCCAACGGUGAUGCAGACAAGGCGGGCGACCUCACCGUGUCUGGUGGCCGCCCUGACAAGAAGGGCAGCUAUGUCGGCAUCCACUCCACCGGUUUCCGCGAUUUCCUGCUGAAGGGUGAACUCCUGCGCGCCAUUACCGACUGCGGCUUCGAACAUCCAUCGGAGGUCCAGCAAGUCUGCAUUCCGACUGCGAUCCUCAACGUCGACGUUCUUUGCCAGGCCAAGUCUGGUCUUGGAAAAACCGCGGUCUUUGUCCUCACCACUCUGCACCAGCUCGAGCCCGUUCCUGGCGAGUGCUCCAUCCUUGUGAUGUGCCACACUCGUGAGCUCGCCUACCAGAUCAAGAACGAGUACGCCCGUUUCUCCAAGUACCUUCCCGAUGUUAAGACUGCCGUCUUCUACGGUGGUACUCCCAUCCAGAAGGAUGUCGAGGUCCUGUCCAGCAAGGAGACCUACCCCAACAUUGUUGUCGCCACUCCUGGUCGUCUGAAUGCCCUGGUCCGUGAUAAGAAGCUCUCUCUUCGUAAUGUCAAGGCUUUCGUUCUUGAUGAGUGUGACAAGAUGCUCGACCAGAUUGAUAUGCGCCGCGACGUUCAGGAGAUCUUCCGUGCCACCCCCGCCGACAAGCAGGUCAUGAUGUUCAGCGCCACUCUCUCCCAGGAAAUUCGCCCGAUCUGCAAGAAGUUCAUGCGCAACCCCCUCGAAGUCUACGUUGACGAUGACACCAAGCUCACUCUGCACGGUCUGCAGCAGUAUUACAUCAAGCUCAGCGAGCAGGAGAAAAACCGCAAGCUUAACGAGCUUCUGGACAACCUGGAGUUCAACCAGGUUAUCAUCUUUGUUAAGAGCACUCUUCGUGCUAAUGAGUUGGAUAAGCUUCUGCGCGAGUGCAACUUCCCCAGUAUUGCAGUCCACUCCGGUGUCAGCCAGGAGGAGCGUAUCAAACGCUACAAGGAGUUUAAGGAGUUCAACAAGCGUAUCUGCGUUGCCACCGAUGUUUUUGGCCGCGGUAUCGAUAUUGAACGUAUUAACCUGGCCAUCAACUACGAUCUGCCCGCCGACGCUGACUCCUACCUGCACCGUGUCGGCCGUGCCGGUCGUUUCGGUACCAAGGGUCUGUCCAUCUCCUUCGUGAGCAACGAGGAUGAUGAGAAGGUUCUGAAGGAUAUCGAGAAGCGCUUCGAGGUUGCUCUUCCUGAGUACCCCGAGGGCGGUGUUGACUCGUCUACCUACAUGGCUUAA